AUGAAGCAUUUCAUUACUAUGAUCGCCGUCGCUGGGCUGGCUGCUGCUGCUCCCUUGCAAUCUCGCGAUACGAACAGUUAUUUCUUCACAUUUGGGGAUUCCUACACCAUGACCAGUUUCGAUAUCGAUGGCACGCAGCCAACUGCUAGCAAUCCAAUGGGGAAUCCAGCACUGGGUACCGGAACAACCACCGGCGGUGUCAACUGGGUGGGAUACCUGACUACCGUGAACAAUGCCUCACUAGUCCUUAGUUAUAACCUCGCUGUUGGGGGAGCAUCUCUCGAUAAUUCCCUUGUGAAUACCAACGUCGAAGAUAUGGUAACGCAAGUCGCCAGCUUCGAGACAACAUAUAGUCAGAAGCCUGAUAUUGCACCGUGGACUUCAGACAACGCAAUUUUUGGAUUCUGGAUUGGAAUUAAUGACAUUGGUUGGGCUUGGUCAAGCAACGAUGCCAGUGUUCUGAUUCCAAAGAUCAUGGCCCAGUAUAAGACUCAAGCUGAAAAUAUCUACGCAAAUGGAGGACGGAAGUUCAUCUUCCUCAAUGUCCCGCCUACAAGCCGAUCUCCCCAAAUCGCCGAUCAAGGGACAACCGUUGCAGCCGGCCACGCUAAGUGGCUCGCGGCUUUCAACACUGCCCUUCAAACAAUGGUCAAUGAAUUCAUUGAAGAUAACAGUGGCACUACAACCGUUUUCUACAAUACAUUCACCUUCAUGAGCAAGGUCCUCGACGCCCCUACAACAUAUGGAUUCACCAAUGCUAGUUGUGUCAGUGACGAUGGUGCUACCUGUGUCUGGUGGAAUUCCUACCACCCAGGUUAUGCUUACCACAAGCUGCAGGCAGCGGAUAUGAAAGAGCACAUGCACUCUUUCGGUGCUUGGUAG